UUCUCUUAUUGGUUGGUAUAUUUCUUUAAGUUUUAAUCAUUGAAAUAUAAGAAAAUAUUGCGAGAUUGUUGUUUAACUUGAAAUUGUUCUCAAUAGUGGAUACGAAGAUUACUACCGAAGAAAAUAGAACUACAAUAUAUUAUUUAAAUAUUUCAAUCAAAUAAAAAGAACAAUAAACAAUGGAUUCGAAGAAAGAUGGUGAUAAAGAUAACAACGAUGAUAAACCUUUUGAUUCAAAGGAAUAUUUCGGCAAUCGUACCGUGCCUAUAAGGGGCCUUAUUACGGAACUCACAGCAUUAUGUGACAGGGCGAGUGAUAAAGAGGACCAGUCGUCAGAGGAAUCAGCGUCGAUUACUGAUGAAUCAGAUAAGUCAAGUAAGCUAUUAAUUAAUAGUGAUGACUCUGAUAGUGACGACCUUUUCAUUGAUUUGAACGAACAUGGUCAGCAGAUUAUAUUAAUUGACGAAAUGAUUGUGGAUUUAACCGAUGAUUCGAAAAAUGAUAAUGCUUGUAUAAGUUUGGACAAGGAUAUUAAGCAAGAUGAAUUAGAUAGCCACCAGAUCAUAUCGGAGGUUAAAAUGAUUGUGGAUGUAAGCACUGCUUCUAAAAAUGAUAUUGCAUGCAUAAAUUUAGAAGAAGAUGUUAAACAAUACGAAUCAGGUGAAGAACAGGUUGUAUCGGAUUAUAAUAUGAUUGUGGAUCUAACCGGUGAUUCUGAGAAUGAUGAUGAAUAUACAAGUUUGGACGAGCAUAAAGGAAAGCGAUACAAAUCAGAUGGAGAAAAAAGGAUUGACGUUUUAAAUGAUGCCGGUUAUAAGAACAUUCGCAAUAUAUGUGCGGACGAAAAUGUGAACGAAGUUGAUAGGGUCAAAGAGGUCGAGUUCACCAAUGACAUCAUUGAGGAAGAUGAAGACAUCAUGAAGGACGAGGUUAAUUAAUAUGAAUAAUAAUAAAAGUUUUUUAAGUUCU